CGGACAGCCUCAGAGCACUAAACUGUCCUGUCUCUAGCUGUGAACAAUCCAGAUAGAGACAAGGGGACAUAGAGGAAAUGAAGAACACAUCUGGCCAAACUAUGCACAGAGACAAAUAAUUCCUUCCUGACCUCCUCAGCGGCCGUAACCCUGAAGCAUGAUAUUUGAUUACAAUCAUUGUCUUAGUUCAGAGCUGCAUGUGUUGUGAGCAUGUUGAGGGCAGUGCAGGCAAUCCUGUUCUCCCCAUGGCCCAUGAAGGAAGGGAAUUAGUACAGGGACUCAUAAAGAUUGUGAGGCAGCUGAUACUGUGGUGAUGGGAUCCAUAUAGCUAGAGCUUAAGUGGCUGGGCUGUAAUAGACUCAUGUCUUGCACUGGCUGGUGGGUUACACAUGCAGGAUAACUCACCUUCAGAGGAAGUUUCCUCUCCCUAGGUAGAAUUUGGGUCUCCAUAAAGCAAGGAUGGUUGGAUCCCUAAAAAAGCUCUUGGGUUUAUGUGGUGUAUUGAGGACUGUGUUUGCAUUGCCAGCUAUCACUUUAAGAAUGUUUUUUUCCUGAUCCUGUUCGCAGACUAAGGGGCUCUAGAGGGGAGUGUGUGAUCAGUCAGUCUACGGCCAGCCAGCCUAGAGCAAGGUGGGUGAAUUGGGCCUCACUACCUUAGGGAGCAGCCUGCUUUGUCUCUCUCUGUUUUGGGAUUCUUGAGGAGUGUUAUUCUGAAUUCUAGGAAUUAAAGUAGCAUCAUGUUGCAACCUUCCAGCAAGAGAGUUUUAUGUUUUUAUCUCAUUUUCUGUGCAUGUGCCAUGAACGUAGCACUCUGUUUUACAGGUCAUUGCCAUACAGUGGCAUCAUGGCCACAGUAAACCCUGUGGAGAGACUGCAGGACGAGGCCGUGUGCAACAUCUGCCUGGAGUUCUUCAAUGAUCCGGUGAGCACUGACUGUGGGCAUAACUUCUGCCGUGUCUGCAUCGGUCAGUACUGUGAGAUGUGUGAGGUGGAAAGCCCUGGUCACCCUGUCCAGUGCCCCGUCUGCAAAAAGAAAUUCAAGAAGGACAACUUACGGCCCAACUGGCCGUUGGCCAACAUGAUAGAGAACAUCCUGAAGCUGAGGGCCGUUAGGGGAGAGGACCGAGCGGGGCCGUUCUGCCAGCAUCACCAAGAGCAGCUCAAGUUGUUCUGCGAAGAGGACGGGAAGGCCAUCUGCGUGGUGUGCCGGGAAUCCCAAGAGCACUGGGAACACAGGGUGGCACCCGUGGAGGAGGCUGCCCAAAAAUACAGGACCAAAGUCCAGCAAGCCCUGACUCAGCUCAGAAAGGAGAUGGAAGCUGCCAAGCAGCUGGAGACCAAGGAGAACAGGAAGAUCAAGGAAUGGCAGGAGAAAGUGCAGGUUCAGUGUCUGAUCAUCAUGUCAGAGUUUGAGAAGAUCCGCAAGUUCCUGACUGAGGAGGAGCAGCUGCUGCUAGAGAAGCUGGCAAUGGAAGAGAAAGACUUUGUGCAGAGAGUAAAUGCCACAGCUGACCUCUCAGAGCAGAGCUCUGCCCUGGGCAAACUCAUUGCAGAGCUGGAGGAGAAGUGCCGGAAAUCGUCUAUGGAGCUGCUGGAAGGUGUGAGAUGUUCACUGAGCAGUGCUGAAACUAUCAAACUGCGGGAGCCAGAAGCCACCCCUACUGAAGUGAAGAAUAGAUACAAAUUCCCUGAACAUUGCCUGGAUAUGAAGAAAAUGCUACAGAGAUUCAAGACGGACGUGACGCUGGACCCCGAGACAGCCCACGUGUGCCUAGAGCUGUCCAAGGACUGUCAUGGCGUGUGGCAGGGGGAGCCGCAGCGGGCCAUCCCAUCCCAUGCCAAGCGUGUCGACAUGUACCGCUGUGUGCUGGGCGCGGAGGGGCUGCGUACGGGACAGCACUACUGGGAGGUGGAGGUGGAGGCGGGCGACAAGGCCUACUGGACGCUGGGCAUAGCGCGGGGCUCGCUGCGCAGGAAGGGCUGGUUCAGCAUGGAGCAGGAAGAGGGCAUCUGGGCUGUGCGCCUCAUCAGGUGCCAAUACCAUGCCCACACCUGCCCUGAGACCAGACUGUCCCCGAGCCGCAGCCCCCAGCUCCUAGGCAUCUUCCUGGACUGUGAUGGCGGGAGCAUCACCUUCUAUGAGGCUGAGGGCAUGGAGCCCAUCUUCUCCUUUGCCACCGGCGCCCCCUUCCCUGAGCCGUUUUACCCCUUCUUCUGGCUCAUGUGCCCUGGCACCAGCCUCAGGGUUCGCCCCAUUGUGUGAGGGGGGUGGGAAGCAGGCCUGAUGGACUGGGGAAUGGCACGAGAGUGGGCAGUGUCCCUGACAGGGCCUCUGGGUGGGACAGUGGCUCCUGCCCCACCACACCAACACCCCGCCCAAUCAUCCAGUAGCUGGGGACCGCUCAGGGCUGUUGGAGUUGGGGAGCACCCUCACCCUAGCAGCAGCAAGGGGGGGAGGCAGGGAGAUGAGGUAUGCCAGCCAGCUCCGCUCCCCCAGCUCUCAGGGCCGAGGGGGGCCUGCCUCGAUAAGUGUGUGUGUAUACACACUCCCAUAGAACGCCUGUCCAGCCCUGUGCACCACCCUUGCCUGCCACACACCCCGGCACUGAGACGAAGCAGGGCAGAGAUGGCAGGGCCAGGCCUGGCUAUGCAGUGGGAUGGGCUCACCCACACUGGUCAGGCCUCAGUCUCUGCCCCCCGGUGGGAUGACCUCGCUCCCCCUCCCCCAGAGAGCCCUCGCUCUGCUGGGUUGGUUUGGUCAGGACCUUUUUUUUUUUUAGAAUAAACUGAAUGUAAAGAUGUG